AUGGAUCCCUUAAAAGCCUCUGAAUACGGGUCGUUUCAGGCUCACGUACAUACUGCAAAAUAUGGAGCCUGGCGAAAGGUAUUCCAUGGCAUAGGAAUCGCUGUAGUAACUCUGGCAACUCUUGCGUGGUGGACAUCGUGUCUCUAUCCUGGAGCACACACUGAGAUAAAUGUCCACUCGGAGUUUAGCUGGGAACAGAUAACUCCUUCGCAAUCACUUGUGUACCAUGACUGCUUUGAUGGGUUUCAAUGCGCCCGUCUCGAAGUGCCCAUGGACUACCACCGAUCUGAUGGUCAAGGACGGCGCUUCGCGAUCGCCAUCACUCGUCUUCCAGCCAAGGUUCCGGUGACAGAUGCCCGAUACGGCGGCGCAGUUUUGACGAACCCAGGUGGUCCAGGUGGCUCAGGCGUCGCCCAGGUGCUUGUCAGCGGCAAAUCCCUGCAAAAGACCGUAGACUCGGAGAACGACCCAAGUAUCGUCGAUUCAGAAAGCGCUUCGCGGGACAAGUAUUUUGACAUCAUUGGAUUCGAUCCCCGCGGGGUCAACAACACGACUCCAGGGUUCAGCUGCUUUCCUCAUCUGUUCGCGCAGCGAAACUGGGAGCUUCAAGUGGCAGCCGAAGGCACAUUGGGUAGCGCACAGGAUGCAUUCUGGCAUAGCUGGGCUCGCGCGUCUGCCCUCAACACUGGAUGCUCUGCCAACUUGUCCACUCCUCCGCAGGAUGGAGAGGAGGCGUUGGGCGAACACCUCAACACGCCCCCUGUGGCUAGAGAUAUGCUUGAGAUCGUUGAGCGACACGGCGAAUGGCGUGCAGAGCAAGGCCUGCUGGAGCAGCGCCAACAGGAUCAGAUCCAUGGCUAUGAUCCAGGACAGAGUAUAGUAGCGCGAACGCGAUGGCAGCGGGGACAGGAGAAGCUCCUUUACUGGGGUCGGUCGUACGGAACCAUUCUAGGCUCCACGUUUGCAACUAUGUUUCCCGAUCGUAUUCAUCGAGUUGUGCUUGAUGCUGUGGUAGAUGCCGACAAGUACUAUUUUGGGGAGGGGCCCAAUGCUGUUGAGGACGCUGACGCCAUUUUCGAUCAAUUUACGCGUUACUGCAAUGAGGCUGGAGCAGAUGUCUGCCCUUUCUAUGCUCAAGGCGGACCGGCCGCCAUCAAGGAAACAUAUCUGGCACUAGAAGAUGCUCUCUACAACCGCUCAUUACCAGUACCCGCCUCCGCUACACGAGGACCGGAAGUCGUGACGUGGAGUGAUCUCAAGGUCGUCCUGCGAAUUGCUCUGUAUCAGCCACUUUAUGGAUUUCCUCAGCUGGCAGAGAUAGCGACCGAGAUAUCGCAGCAAAGUGGCGCCACCCUUGCCGACUAUAAAGUCAAGGGCCGCUCCCCGUCAUGCCCUUCCGAUCAAUGUCUUCAAGCUGGACCAUGGUCUGCUGAAUGCCAAGUGUCGGGUCACAAUGAAGCGUAUUCGAGCACAGCCAUUCUCUGUGCCGAUGCGGAGUAUUUGCAGGAUGCUGACGAAGAUGAGUUCCGGCGCUCCUGGGCGUCGUUGCAGGAAGAUAGUGCCAUGCUUGGGGAUUACUGGGCCAGUCUUUUGAUGAGCUGCGUAGGAUGGAAGGUCAAGCCGAAGUGGAAGCUUACAGGGCCAUUCGCAGCCAACACCUCCCAUCCACUGCUCUUUGUCAGCAAUACGCUCGACCCAGUGACUCCUCUGCGGAGUGCGCGCAAGAUGUCCGAGAACUUUCCUGGCUCGGUGCUUCUACAGCAGGAUUCCGAAGGCCACUCAACGUUGGCGGCGCCAUCCGUAUGUAUUCACAAGAAGAUUCGUCAAUACUUUCAGACAGGAGAGCUUCCGCCUCCUGGUGUAGUAUGCAAAGCAGACGUGAAGCCCAUACUGAAAGCGUCGCCUUCGGCACAGAAGGGGAUGAAUGCCGAGGACCGGCAGCUAUAUGAAGCACUAAUGGAGGAAACGCGAAGAAUGGCAAUACCACGGCUACCGCUGUAG